AUGUUCACAGGUUGCGGAAGUAUCGCACCGAAAUCUACUUGGGGCAAAGUCGCCACGAUGGGUUACGCCAGUUUAGGGAUACCCCUGACCCUGGUCUACCUGUCUAGCGCGGGAGGCCUGCUGUCGAGAUGCGCUAGAGGCGUCUUCACGCGCGCUCUUUGCUGCUGCCUCUGCUCAAAUUGCGGCUACUGUUGCUACGACGAGAGGCGGAUGCAGGAGAAAGAGCGACGGAUGAGGAAGAAGCGGCAGCAGGAGGAGCUGGCGCAGCAGCAGCAGCAACAGCUACAGCUGCAGGAGCCCUUUUACGUUCGCGCGAACGCAUCGACGUUCACCAGCACCAUGGAGAUUAAGGCCAGCCCGAAGGACGAAAUCUCGAGUCUUGGCUCGGGCGACAGGCCAAACGUCACCAUACUCGCGCCGAUCAGUAUCUGCCUCGGCGCAAUGCUGUGCUAUAUCAUUGCCGGAGCAUUCACCCUGCACAAACUGGACGGUUGGUCAUUCGUAGACGCGAGCUAUUUCUGCUUCAUGAGCUUGAGCACCAUCGGUUUCGGCGACAUGGUGCCCGGUUCCUAUCCUCGCCACAUCCUCGCCGACUCGAGGAACGUGACGGUCUGGUUCUGCUCCUGCUACAUAAUGUCAGGAAUGGCCCUGACGGCAAUGUGCUUCAACAUCCUCCACGACGAGAUCGUCCAUCGGCUGAGCCAUCAGACGGACAAGCCGGAGCCAGUUAAGCCGAGCUCGUCUGUAGAUGAGCUAUCGACGGACCCGAACGGCACCGACGAGAAUAAUAUAUGUGGCACGGAACCACCCACCAAUAUAUUCGCCCACGAGAACGAGAUCAACAUCCUGAAGGACACCUUUAAUCAGGUAGACGUUACCAGAGAUUGCAAGCCGAUCCUAAAGCUCGAGGAUCACGUCCCGCCGAUCUCUGCCGUCUAUAUGUUGCCCAAGGUCGACGAGGAGGCCGAGGAAAAUACAGAAAUGUGA